ACCCAGAGGCUGCCUGUUCUCCAGCCCCCCUCACCACAACCGCCUAGAGACACCAGAUUCCACAAGAUGGGAAUCCAUGUAAUUUCCUGCCUGAAUUAUUGCAGAUGCUGACUCCAGCACAGUCGUCUCAUCUGUGUGCACUUCACCAGGUAGAUGUACCGUCACAAAUACAGUUCCAGAAAGGGAAGCAUCUGUUCUGCAGUAUCAAGCAGGGAGCAAACCAAGCCAGUCAGCUAAACACAUGUCAGAUUGGAAAAAAUAAGCUCCAUCUACAACCUGUCCGCCUGUGAUACCAAACUGAGAUGCCAUUUGCAGGAGAUUGCGGAAACCUUCAUCAUGUGAUUCUCUUGCCUCUGAUUCGAAAUUGUGAACAACGCUGUUGACAGUCAAAUGAUCAUUAUGAGGCUUCAGUGCGCACACCCUCUUGAGAUGAUGGGGGCAGCUGAUAUUUCUCUCAGGCCUGAUGUCAGGAAGGCACUGCUGCCUCAGAUCAUAUCCAGUCUGACUUCACUUUUUAAGCUUAAGUUCUACAGCACAUGAUGUAACCUCCAGGGGAAGGUACCAGUUUGUGAAGCUGCUAUGAGCCAGACCGGAGAUUUUGGAAACCGCAUUUCACGCAAAGCCUCAACAAACUCAGACGUGCUCCCAGCAGGAGAAAACGCCAGAGGCAAGGAGUUGGCUAGGGACACCUCUCUGCUCCCCCGUGCCCACAAGUUUCACGAUAUGGACAAAGAGCCAAAACUUUUGGACUUGGUGGGACAUCACAGGAGCUCUGUGCCUACUAGGGUGUGGGCAUUUCAGGCUUUAUAGACGGGGACCAGCACCUUGGUUUUCACUUGGCAGAGCACUGGCUGCCAGUGCAGGGAUCAGAGCUCAGGCGUAAUAUGCUCCUGCCAGUCUGCCCUGCCUCACCAGUAGGCCAGUCAAAUUUGGCACCACCAAAGGUGCCAGAUGGCCUGAAGACCAUCACUGACCUUGAGAGGUUAGCCCCAGGGAGAGCACAGCAGCAGCAGUCCAGCCUGGAGGUAGCAGAGGCCUGGAUGGCGAGGCUCAGCGAUGAGAAGAGAGGAUGCUAUCUCUUGGGCUGGUGGAAGCCGGCCCGGAAUACGCUUUCAGAAUCAGCCACGAACCCGGUUUGGUGUGAUCUGCACAGGCCAGCUAACCACAUUCUCGUUUGCUCCAGGGGCAAGUGAAGGAGCCAGACAAUAGGAGGAAACAACUCAUGUCCUAGCACCGCUUCCUCUGUCAGGUUAUGUGACUUGUUGGAUGCAUUUGAGCUGAAAGGGGGAAGAGUCACCAGGACAAUCGCUCCACAGCACAUGGGGUGUUUGGAGAAGGGCUAAAGCACUGGAGCUGCGCAGCAAAUACCCCCCAGCAGAGCUGCCUCUGAGGACAGGAAGGAGGAUGUUGGUAUGAACUGGUGAAAAUCCAUUGCCAGCCAAAGCCAGACCUGGUGAUUAUUCCAGACCACUUGAAGCCCUAGAAACCCUCCAAACUUUUGGAACAAAAUAUCAUCAGAGAGACGCUAUGUCGAGGCUCUGGAUUAUGGUCCUUGUUCUGCUGUGGAUUCCAGUCAUGGCCAUCACACAGCUCCCAGGCAAUGCCCAGUGCCCUGUGAACUGCUCCUGCUUCUUCUCCCAGUGGUUUGUCCGGUGCCCCAAUGCCAGCUUAUCCUCUCUUCCCCCUGGUAUUCCCAAUGCCACCGUGGAGCUCGACCUACAGCACAACCAGUUCAGCACCCUCUCAGCAGGCUUCUUCCCAGAGCUGGCUGAGAUCAGCAGCAUUUACCUCGGCAGCAGUGGUAUCCACCGGAUUGAGCCUGGGGCUUUUCAGGGGGUCAAGAAUCUGUACCAUCUCCACCUGGACAACAACCUCCUGGAGCAGGUCCCAGAGGGUGUCUUUGAGAAUCUGACAAAUCUGAUCUUCCUGCACCUGGAGCACAACCAGAUUGCUCACCUCCCGCCAGGUGGGUUCUCUUCCCUGAAGCAGCUCAGUGUCCUGGAUCUGAGUAACAACCUGCUGCUGGAGCUUUCCGAACAAGCCCUUCACGGCCUCCCGCGGCUGCGUCGGCUCUACCUGAGCGCGAACCAUAUUACCAAUGUGUCCAGCAAAGCCCUCCCAGGCAGCCUGCGGGCCCUCAGCCUAGACGGGAACCAGCUGGCGAGCGUGCCCGCGGCCAUCCGCACCUCUUCCACGCUCUCCACUCUGCAGCUGAGUGGUAACCCCAUCCGGAAGCUGACAUCUCUCUCCUUUGGGAGGAGGCUUCGCUCCCUAAGGCAGCUGUUCCUGGACAGCCUGGCCCUGGAGAAGAUCACCUCCUUGGCUUUCACCAGGCUCCGCUGGCUGGAGCUGCUGAGCCUGAGGAACAACAGCCUGGAGUCGCUCCCGCCUCUGUCCUCCCUGAGGUCGCUCUCCACUCUGUAUCUGACUGGGAACAACUGGCGCUGUGACUGCAACCUGAUCUGGCUCCGCACCUGGCAGAAGAAGGUGCUCCGGAAAGAACGUACCCCCGUGGAAUGCAGCUCCCCAGGGGCGCUACAGGGACAGCUCCUGGUGGACAUAGAGUUACAGAAGCUGACUUGCCCACCUUUUGGGACGGACUCCACCACCCUCAGCCCCUCUGAGAACAUGAAUACACUCACGGCCAUUGCUCUGUCCAGAGACAUACCUCUCCCACGGGCUGCUACCACAGCUACCACCACGACCUCCACCGCCCUGACCACCACAAGGAGGCUCCCCAGCUCCACCAUGCACUCAGCUACCUCCCUUCACCGUGUGCUGGAUAGGUGGGACCCAUGCUUGGCCGACCACAUCAGCAGUGUCAGCAUCAGGACGAAGGGCGACACUUCCCUGGUGGUUGCCUGGGCUUUCUCCGGUGACCACGACCAAUUUGAGGUGCGGUACACGGCCGGCCAGGAUGAGCAGGUGCUGCGGGUGGCGGGAGGGUUGGCCGAGGUGACGCUCCACGAUCUCCGCGCGGGGACUGAGUACAGAGUCUGCGUCAUCCCCCAGAAUGAGAAUCUGCUGGAGUGCCAGGCCCCUGCCGCCCGGCAGUGCAAAGCAGAGCGCACUGCCGGCCUUCCUAGUGAUGCACAGCCCGUGCACGCCCCGCUUGGCCACAGCCACUCGGCCGUGGGCUUCGGUGUUGCUGUCGCUCUCCUAGCACUCGCAGCACUGGCCCUGGCCGUCACCUACAGGCUGCGGACGCGGCCGAUCCAAUUCCAGCGCUACUAUGAUGAAGAUGGGUCACCCCGUCAUCGCAGGAGCAGCAACCAAGCCAAGAUGACCACAGACCCAGUUGACGAGAGCAUGGAGGAUGAGGACUGGCACAGUUAUGUGACAGCUGCCAGCCGGUGCCCAGAGGAGAAAGUAGACGGCACCAUGUCUGCCCCACCCAGGCUCACAUCCACACCCACGUAUGUGACUCUGUGAUUCUAACUGCUCCCUGGCAUCCCACGGCUGAGCAGGAAUUGCCCAGUGGGGUCUGCCGCUCACCCAUAGAGCCCCAAGGAGUAAACCAGACAGUUCUGUGUCCGCCCCUUGUGACUGACAUGGACAAUAAAGCAGAGCCAUAGAAAACUGAGAUGGGAAAAGUUUGUGGCUUAGGGCCCCUUUUAUCCAACCCAGUCCAUGCCCCCCGCAGAGACUUUCCAGGGAGGGUCGUGCACAGCCUCUUGCCUCACAUAAAUAGUUUUGAGAAGCGGGAUCUCCACUGCGGCACCCAUGUGAUUCACAAAGCCUUUCACAGCCAGGGGUGAUAUAGAAAGGCAGGAUUGGUGACUGGUUUCCAUUUGACAGGCAACCUCUGCAUGGCUGGGGGGUUGCUAUUUAUAGCAAAGCUGGACUGGAAAUCUCAGGAGAAUAUGCUUUUGGAGUCAGUUCCUCCUCCCCGGGGAUUGUUUGCAGCUUCUGCCACCCCCCCACCCCCAUCCCAAAAAAGCAGCUCUCUCUCUCUCUCUCUCUCGCUGUUUUGGCAUGUAGUUUUGCACCCGUGGGGGUGGGGUGGACAUAAGAAGGACCCAGAGAAGGGGGAAGGCAGAAAAGAUGUUUGCAGCUCAAGUUUGACCAGAGCUGAGGCCUAGUGAAGGCCAGGAGGGAGCCGCAGGAGCAGAGAAGGAAUUUGCACCAGUCCUGCCUAGCCCCUGUGAAAGGCUGGGGAGGGGAGCCGGGUGCUACGCGAUGGGGGGAGCAAGGAAGGAAUUGUGUUUUCUGGUGCAGUACAGGGCUCAGGUCAGUUGGCGCGUCUAGACCCCUCUCAUCACCGAGGAUGUGAAUUCCAGGCCAAACAAGCCGUUCAAAGCUGACAAUCACUGUCCUUUGGUGGUAGCAUUUAACCUUCCCACACACCCAGCCCCGCCGCUGUCUCGGUGCAGGUUUUUGAAUGUUCCAUUUUGUCCAAAAUAAAGGUGGGGAGGCUUUAAAUGCAUUGCUUCCAAGCUAAAAAAAAAUAAAAAAAUCUUAUUUUC